AUGAUUGCAGCUUUCCCAACAAGUCAAGAGAACUUGCUGAGAGAUCAGCGUAGAGUUUUAACAGCUUCAGAACUGGAUUAUUUAGAGUCUGAAACUAUUCCAACUUUACCAAGUAUGGCUCAACAUUUGAAUAUGUCCAUGGACAACACGAUGUCUCGACUUCUGCAAAGAACCGUCCACAACAUGACCUUACUUCUCAGUGCUGCCGACAUGCUCGUCCACACCAAAGUUUUGAACCAGAUCCAGUUCAACGCCCUGAUCACAGAGGCAGAGAAUGUCAAGACCAUAUUGUCCAAUCUCCGCACCGCCGUGAAGGAGAGGCUUUCCAGCGAGGAGUGGGCUCUGGACCUGGCACUUUCAUUGGCAGACUCGGAGCUGCAUGAUUCAUUAGAGGCUGAACUGCAAGAAGCAGACAUCCCCACAGACCGCAAGGGCACCAACAUGGUGGAGCUGCUGAUUGUUAGACAAUUUAAAGAACAAAUGUCGCCUCUAAUUUCCAUGCUGGUCAACUAUCUAUAGAUAUACUGAACAUGAAAUAAACAGCCACGAUAUCACAGUGUGAUGAACACUAUCAGAGAAGAGCAUAUCACAACUUUAGGAAUAUACAUUUAAGAUUGUUUUCUUCUUUUAAUGUAUGAAAUGUUAUGAUAGAUAUACAAAAGAAACCCUUUCAGGACAAGUUUACAGACAAGGGGACUAACUAGUUUGUUAAUUAUCAAAUUCGAAUGACUCCUUUUUAUUCUUUUUCACUAGGAAGUUUUAUAUAAAUUGUAUUUGAAUUUAUUUCACUUUGUACUGUAAUGAAUAUUUAUGGACUACUUUAGACUAAAACAUUUGUUAACCGUAUAACAGUUUGUCUUUUCCAAGUGUUACUAUGUAAAGGAUAAACUGUAUCGCCUUAAGGGUAGUGUUCGUUUCUUGCUAUUUAAAUCCUUACAACCGCGUAAAGGGAUUAUUGGGAACAUUGAAAAAAGGGGGUUGUUACAAAUUGUAAAUGAUGUAAGAAGGCGUGAGGGUUGAAGUGUGGUUGGCCAAGGUUUUGUAGUCUACACUUUGAUAGGUUGAGUCUGUAUAUAUUUAUUUCAUAAUGUUUUGUUUUAUUGCUUUCAAUGAUGUUCACGUGAUAAGACUAACCCUGUCUCAAGAUAUCUUUGCAUGAAUGGUAUCCGUGCCAAAAAUAUUGCAUCUGUAGUUCAUUCAUUCAUUAGGAAG